AUGUUUGGCGGUAUGCGACACCAGAAAGAUACGGAGAACGAAGAGGAGAGCGGCCUCCUGGACACCUCUGAAAUUGUAUUGAAGCCGGCAAAGAAAAGUAUCCAGCUUCAGUCCCUCCUUCUCAUCAUCUCCCUCUCAUUCAAUGCCUUAUUCGCAUUUCUCGGCCUUCUCAGCCUAAGUCGCACUCAAGAGUUGGUUACAUUGCCAUCAUAUGAAGCUGGAUUUGCCUCAGACCUAGAGCCAGCUAGAAAAGAAAUCGAAUUGCAAGUCAAGACCUUCUCCGGGGGUGUGGAAUUGACUAGCGAGGGCCACUACUUCACAGAUAAAGGCGGUGAUGAAUUCGUCGGUCAACCACGACCAGAAAUUGAUGAAGCGUGGAGCAGGCUUCUAGGGGGUUGGUUUUAUAUAAGCCACAGAGCAUUGAAAGCACAACAGUCAUUCUGA